AUGUUUGAAACUGUCUCGGAAUUCCGUGAAACUUGGAUCGAGUGUCUGGGAGAUUUAGCACGAUAUCGCAUGGCCGUGGAAGAGACUGAUGUGAAAGACCGCGAAAUCUGGGCUGGAGUCUCGCGUUAUUGGUGCAAUCAGGAUACAGAUCACAGUCCCGAGGUUGGGAGGAUUCAACACCAUCUUGCAAUGUUAGCUCGCCCGGACGUUCUCCAACAGCUCUUCUACUCCACCAAGGCCCUGGUCUGUGGGCAAAAUAUGCGGCAAGAAACCGACAUUUUGCCAGAAGAGCAAAUUGUAAGAGACUAUGAAUUUUUGCAUUCAUCGAGGUCGUCGAAUACCCCGAGAUUGACGUAUCAGAAGAGAGGAACAGAUGUUAAGCAAGAAUCGGAAUUUGAAAGUGCACGUUCCAAUGAUCGCAUCUUCGAAAUACCUUGUCAACUCGCAGAACAUUCUACCAAUGCGCUUGGAGAUUAUGGGGCAAAGAAAAAUUUCAUGAAAGAAGCAUAUGCUCUUCGCUUGGGGUUCCCGAUAAGCCGGAAUACUUCCUGCAAAGUCACCAUCGGUAGUGGGGAGCAAGCGACGACUGUGGGGACUGCAACUGUACCAUUCCGGUUCCGCGGCGAAAAUGAGGUGCACAGGCUUAAAUUCCAGCUUCUCCCCAGCUGCAUCCAUAAUGUGAUCGUGGGGAAGCCAUUUUUGAAACUGACGAAGACGUUCUCAAACGUCGCCAACUUCUCUCGCCGUGUGAAAGAAAGAGUUACCAAAGGUUUCUCGCAGUUUCAUCUUUUAUACCUCGGUGCAUCUACUCCAAUGUUUGAGGGUUCCAUCAAUGGCCAGGUGCAGACUGCUCUCGCUGAUUCUGGCUCAAAGGUAUUACUUAUGGAUGAGGCUUAUGCACGAAGUAUUGGGGUGCACAUUCAAACUGGACAUGAGCAUCAAACGAGGCUGAGGUUUGCCGAUAAUACGGCCACAGACACGGUCGGUAUGGCCUAUAAUGUCAAAUGGCGUUUUGGCAGCGAUGGUGAAUUCAGCUCACCUUAUUUUCUCAACUUUCAUAUUCUGAAGAACGCCCCCGCGAAUGUCAUCCUGAACGACACCUUCCUCUUUGACACCAAAGCUUUCUCACAAUAUCAUCAGUAUUUAACAGAUAAUGAUGACGACUGCGAAGAUGAAGACAUGCUGAUUUAUUUUCUUGCAAUUGACGUUGAUAGGAGAAAGAAGCGAACUCAAAGUAAGAUAUCAACUGUACUGCAAUAUUGCAGAUUUCCUCUCUGA